AUGCACAGUCCGCUCGGGGCGACCCCAUGGCGAUUCAUCAACUACACCAUUUUCGACCCUGAACUCUCGGAACUCGGCCGGCAGCAAUGCCAACAACUAAACCAGAAUCUCCGUGAGAAGCUGCUGAAGGAUCUCGACGUCGGCCUCAUCCUGUGCAGCCCCAUGCGACGCACCUGUGAAACCACUAUGCUGGCCCUCGGUGAUUGGGCUGCCGAGAAGGGCGUACCGAUCCAGGCCCACGCGGGCUGGCAGGAAAACUCGGCCAAGCCGUGCGACACCGGCUCACCCAUUGCCUCCGUCGCCGCCGAGUUCCCCAAGAUCGACUUCAGCCACGUCGACCCCGUCUGGCCCGACAAGACCUCGCCCGCCGGCGAGAAGUACUCGUACGUUAAGAAGCACCUGCUCGCCCGUGCCCAGUCCAACCUUGAGGACCUGUAUAACCGCCCCGAGAAGGCCAUUAUUGUCGUCUCCCAUUCGGGCUUCCUGCGCCAGGCCGUCACGGGCGACUGGUACUUCAAUGCUGAUUACCGGAUCUACGACUUGGUUGAGAGGAAGGAUGGCGCGGACAAGUUCGAGGUGAAGCAAUGGGAUCUGACGAAGAGCGGCCACGGUGGCAUGGGUUGGAGCUGGGAUGAGCUCGUGGAGAUUGGAGUUGGGCUCCCUGAGCAUGCUCUCCCUCCUACUGAUGAGGAGCCGUUGCCUUCUGGUGUCAGACCGAACUAA